ACACAAUGCACACGUCAUUCAAACUUAAUCAGGAAGUUAAAAUAUUAACUAAGCUCAAAAGAGAAAUCUACACACGUUUACAAUUAUUCGAGAAAUUUACAAAUUACCCAAGUACUGAGUUAACGAUUCGCAUUGUGUUGCGUUUGUUCCGAUGUGAAAUACGCGAAAACACACACCGGAUAUUCAAAUAAUAACAUUGGUGUGACCUUGGAAUUGUUGUUUAGACAACGAUUUUUCAGAAAACCGGUAUAUUUCUUUACUUUACAACUUGUAAUGUUAUUUUUAUGAUAGAAGUGUAAUACGUUGUUAGAACAUACAGUAAACAUUCCACAAUGUAUGUAUCAAAAGGAGCAUUUGGAUUUCGAAAGUGGGAAAUCCCAAUAGAAAUACCAGUUGUACACACGGUUAUUUUACAUUCAGACAGUAUGUAAUCCAAACCAUUUGAACUGUAACUAACAUUCGUACAGAAUUUUUGGUCAUUACACAAUUGUUUUUGGCUUUAUUAAAUUAACUUCUUUGCACCGUCAAACAUAAAGAUGGAUAAGAAACAUUCGGAUUUAGACUCGCUAGUGGAAACAGACGAAUGCCCUACACAUAGGCAAGUGUCGGGUUCCAUUCUUACACCACAUCAUUAUUCAAAAGUAAGUGAUGAAACUAGGGAUGAAAGUAAAUCACACUUUAAAGAACAUUUAUCGGCUGAAAUCGAUCGUAGCAAAGAAAAAGAGCCACAACAACAGAAAGACAACUUCCAAGAAAUAGAAGAUGUAACACAGAGAUUUAGUGAUUUCGGCUUAAAUGACCGAUUAAUCGAACAUAAAACCGAGGAACUCUGUAAUGUCCACAAUGAUGAGUUAGACAAAUAUCACAUAAAAGUAUUCACUAAUGAUUGUAAAGACUCGCUAGCGGUAACAGAAGAAUGCCUUGCGCAUGAAAAUGUGUCGAGCUCCAUUCUUGGCGCACAUCACUUGUCAAAAGCCAGUGUUUCCACAAAGGGUGAAAGCGAGGAACACUUUAAGGAAGAUUUAUCCGAUGGAAUCGAACUUGGCAACGUAAAAGAGGAACAGGAACAACACGUAUUCACUAAUACAUGUCUAGAUGCGGACGGUGAUUCACCCCUCCAUUUGGCAAUCAUAUGUACAUAUUCAAUAGAACAAAUCUCAGUGAUAAUACAUACUGUUUUGAACAGAUUCCCUGAUCAUGAUGUUUUGAAUCAUCAAAAUUACCAGCACAGACAGACACCUCUACAUCUGGCAGUGCUUACAGGACGGACUGAUAUUGUGCGUUUUCUACUAAGGUUGGGAGCGCGGACAACUCUUCAGGAUAACCAACUACGUACGCCCUUACACAUUGCCUGUGGAAACGGUGACGUAGAAAUCCUAAAGGCAUUACUCGAAACCAAAGACGACGAAAUCACGCGGUCUGUUAGCCUUUACGACAACCAAGGUCAAACUUGUCUUCACACUGCUGUUCUGAACGGUAACAUUGAACUUGUGAAGGUUCUGCUAGAAAACGGGACAAACAUUAACGCUCAUGACCGAAAGAGUGGCCGCACCGCUCUACACUUCGCUGUGGAGACUGGUGAUAAAAGCAUGAUCACAUGUUUGAUAAAGUACUGCGGACUAAAAGUGGAUUCUCGGACCUUUACGCGGAAAACACCGGCACAACUAGCAUACGGAAGUAGGGCAACGAGAGCCGAUGUGGUUGAUCAUCUUCGGCGUUGCCCCAUGUUCAAAGUUUCCGUUGUUCCUUCCGAUUACAAUGAUGAUAGCGAAGAUGGCGAUAAUGAUGAUUUUUACAAUGACAAUACAGACAGCGAGUGAGAGGUCACUGGAUCUUGGUAUCUACUUCUCCAAUAUACUAUUUUGGAAGAAGAUACGAUGGCCCACGAACAAAUCAAAUCAUGUGACCGACCCAGUCUCCAACAUGUUCUAUGAAGGACAUGUGCGAUUCCCGGCGCGUCAUUCAAGUCAUGUGACUGACCAAGCCUCCAACAUGUUCUAUGACGGAACAAUGCGAUUCCCGGCACGUCAAGAAAGUCACGUGACUGACUUAGCUGUGGCUAAUGUAUGACUUGUAAAAUUGAACUGAUAUCUAAACGUACGUUACCAUAACACUCAUUGUUAUGGAAAUAGUAUAAUUAUUCAAUGAUAAUUAUACAUGACUUUGUGCAUUAAUGCAUACAUAAAGGUCAAGGUUACGGCCAUGUCAUGCAGAUGACAAACAUAACUCUGACACCAGCGUACGGCAGCACAAAAAAUAGGUUCUGUUUUGUAUGUGUAUACUAUUGUGAUACCAAUUGAAACAAUACAAGUGUUUGAUGUUUGAACUAUUUUAGUAUCUAAUUUAACCAUAUGUGCAUUCGUGAUUUUGUGAACGUAAUCACAUAUAUCGAAUAUGUACACUAAAUUUCAUCAGGUUUAUGACCAAUGGCGAUGCUACUGCGCAGAUCAAUUGUACUAUGUUGUUAUCAUUACUUUUGUUGAUUGUAUGAAUUUAUAUAUAUUUGUUAUUUGUAUAUAAAAUAGUAGUAACGUUGCACAAACAAUACAUGCAGAUAGAAAAUGUAACUGUGUGAUACUCAAUUAAAACAGAAAAAACGUUCACUGUAUCGGUUUCAUACUUAGAGUCACAUAUUGUACAAUUUCACCAGAUUCAAUUUGUCGAUUGGAAAAACGUUACUCGUAAAUUCUAGAUUCAAAUUGUCAUACAUGUGAAGCUUGCCUAGUAUAUCUGAAGGAAGC